ACGUAUAGAUAAUUUUCGAUUGUGAGUGUAUGAGAGAAAUAGGCAUAUUGAUCGUCCAGUUUAUAAACUUUAGUAGUUUUUAAUCAAACAAUCAGUUGAUAUUUUGUGACCGGUUUUAUAUUUUGACUGAUUUGUAUGGGAAUGGAUAGUAGUGCAUCGGAAGUCGUCAAGAUGGAAACACCAAUGUCAAAUGAUAGUGAAAAACUGUUCUCAAGUCAAAUACACUCAGAUUUUGGAUAUUACUUUAAUGAUGGAAAAAGAAAAAUUGAUUAUGUUUUAGUUUGGGAUGAACCAGUUAAUGAAACUAUAAUCAAUAAAGUGAAAAAAAUCAAUAGUAUUUAUCGAAAGACAUUUGAAGAUAAUUUGCAAACAAUCGGAGUACAAAUUGAGAAAGAGGAUGUCAAGAGCGAAAGCUUGAUGACUCAUUAUUUGAAGCUGCAUAUUCCUUGGGACUUAAUGUGCCAUCAUGCUGAAUGUCUAAACCUACGAGCUCCUCUUGAAGUGCAAAACACUAAAAUGAAAAACUGGUCUGAGAUUCUUUUGAAAACAAUUGGGAUUCCAUCUAUAAUGGCGCAAAAUGUUCCAAAUCCUCCACCUGAAUAUUAUACUUGUCCGUUUAAGAAAAGUAAACUAGAAAAAUUCAUUGGACAUGAUAAUCAAGAAUCAUAUUUCACCCCUACUCAAAGACAUCAGGUAGCAUAUGAUAUUUUAGCUACUCAAGCAUAUGGGAGCCGUGAAAAGGCACAAGUUGGAAUCGAUCGUCUUAUACAAGAAGAGGUUUACAAUGCUGCGUACGCGAUUCAUGAGGGUCCAUAUGAAGUAGAUGAAGAGGAUUUAAAAAAUCCAGAAAAAAUGAAUCCACGUCAAAUUUUAUAUUGGUAUUGGGCAAGAUGGGGUUGUUGGUAUAGAUAUCAACCUCUGGAUCAUAUCAGAUAUUAUUUUGGAGAAAAAAUUGGUUUUUAUUUCGCUUGGCUUGGUUUAUACACUGCAUGGUUAUUACCAGCUGCAUUGGUCGGGAUCUUUGUUUUCAUAUAUGGACUUGUAACUAUAAAUGAUUAUGUUCCUGUGAAAGAAGCUUGUGAACGAGACACAGUUAUGUGUCCAACUUGUGAUAUCACCCACGGGUGUCGAUAUUGGAAUUUACGAGAGUUAUGUUUCUACUUGAAAAUGUCCUAUUUAUUCGACCAUCCUGGUUCUGUAUUCUACGCUAUUUUUAUGGUAAUUUGGGGUGUUACAUAUUUAGAGUAUUGGAAGCGUAAAAAUGCUAAAUUAGCUCAUCGAUGGGAUGUGCUGGAUUAUGAAAUCGAAGAAGAACGACCGCGCCCACAAUACUCUGCCCACUGUACACAAUAUGCAAAAAAUCCCAUUACGGAUGUUCUUGAACCAUAUUUUCCUCCUCGUGCUCGUGUUGCUCGUAUUAUUGCUGGAUUGAUUUGUGUCAUGGUGAUGGUUAUGUUGGUAUUGGUAUUCAUAGUAGCUGUAAUUAUUUAUCGGUUUUUAAUAAAAAUUCCAUUAUUUCAAAAUAAACUACUUCGUUCCAAUGCAGAAAUAUACGCAACACUUUCAGCAGCUAUUGUAAAUCUUAUUCUGAUUAUGUGUUUGGGGAAAGUGUAUGAAACAUUAGCCUACAAAAUGACUCAAUGGGAGAUGCAUCGAACUCAAAGUGAAUUUGACAACCAGCUGAUUUUUAAAGUUUUUCUAUUUCAAUUUGUGAAUUUCUAUUCAUCCAUAUUCUAUGUAGCAUUUUUCAAAGGACAAAUGGUUGGUUAUCCUGGUCAUUACACAUCCUUUUUCGGCCUACGUAACGAAGCAUGCGAUAACGGUGGUUGUUUGAUUGAAUUAGCCCAACAAUUACUUGUUAUAAUGGUUGGGAAACAAAUCAUUAGUAAUUGUCAAGAAAUUUUGCUUCCGUGAGUACACAAUAUUUUGAAACAUUUUUUGACAGUAAUUCUCGGUCUAGAUGACUACUUUUUGAAUUACGUAAGUUAUUAUACAAUGAUGAAAUCAUCAUUUUGUUGAUGAACUCAGAUUUAUAGUUUUAAACUGAAGCCCAAAGGGAUACUAGCCAUAAAAUUUACAGAUUAGUUUCAGGUAAAAUGUAAUUUAUAGUUAAGUCAAUCAAUGAAAUGAACCUUUCGCAAUAUCAUACAAUAAGGCUGAUAAUUGUAAUAAAUGAUACUUAACAUUGGACCAAAAUUUAACACUGAUAGAUCUAGCAAUACUUUUCUACACAUCAUGUUGAGUUACUGAUGUGAACUCUGCUAAAGUUUUAUAAUUAAAGUUAAGUUUAUUGAAAGGAGGAGACACGAAUAAACAUAUUGAAAUAGCUGUAACUUUUACGUCUAUAAGUAAAACGCUUGUUCAUUAAUAGAAAGCAUUGUCUAUGGUUUAUUUUUUUAUAAUGAUAUCAUCUUAGAAAUUAAUCAGAUUUGAAGGAUUAUGUUAUAGUCUACAGUAAUGAUGAGAAUAGUUUGUUAUUUGUGAAAAAAUAUGAUUUUCAAAGUAUAUCCAAACUGUUUCUCAUUUACUGGGAUGAAAAUUCUCACUAUAACACAAAUGUAGAAAUGAUUGUGAUCACUUAACUUUUAACUACUAAACCUUAUAAACCUAGUUCAACGUAAUUUUAAAAUGUAAAUUCACAAAUUUCAACGGCUUUAUUAUCUGUAAGCUUCUACUGAAAAAAACUAAACAAUUUACAAGAAAAAUAAGUAAAUGAAGAUUUAGGAUAAAUGGUUAGAUCUGGAACCACUAUGAACCACUAUUUAUCAUUUAUCUGAUUGUUUAAAGAUCUCCAUCAUAUUAACAGAAUAAUAUUUAAACGAAGAAUAUUCUUUUCGAUAAAUUCUCUUCAGGUUCUACAAUUAUAUAUACAAAUUAAUAAUCCGAUAAAUGGUCAAGUUAGGGGCAAAGUACAUCGUUUAAAGCAUGUCAAUUUAAGAUUGUUAAACAAAACAUGUUGAUAUGACUCAUAUAGAAUGUUAACUUGAAUCUGUGUAUAUGUUAAGUGGAAAUUUAAGAUCCACGAUCAGAAUAAAUAUGGGUCAGAUAGGGUGAGCGAAAUAAUAGUGCAAUUACAAUUCGGUCAAAUAUUUAUUGGAGGGCUAUACUGUGUGAAAAAUUAGUAAGACUUAUAAGGGAGGGAUGAAUGCGGAGUGAAUGAACCACUUUAUAGGGGAGAUCAAUAAUGAUGUUUAACCGAUAAUAAUAAUAAUAAUAAUAAUAAUAAUAAUACAAAGAUUUGUGAAUAAAGAUAACAGAGACAAUUGCAUUUGACUACGAAAAGUCGUAAUUACAAACGUUAAAUUAGGUUAUUCAAUAGCUAAGAUUACUACUGAUUAAUUGGCCUUGAGGUUGGCCAAGGGAGGUUUAGUGGUUGAAGAUAGUUAUUCUGUACACAUAAUUCCAGUUUCUUCAUCCGGAUGGCUACUCCUUCAGCCGUUUGAAGGAUAAGUUUUGGCAAAAAUUUACUGACCCCAUAAAUAAUUG